CAGCCGGGAGCGCGCCCGGGUCCGCGCCCCCUCCUGCGGCCCAGCGCGCUCGGGGAGUGAGUCUUUGUACAGUCAGGGCUUCUGCUGGGCAGGGCCAGCUGUUAAUCCUCCAGGCGGACACCGGGGCGGGGGGGGGAGAUGGGGCAUAUAGGUGGCGUCCGCCCGUGAGAAACACCUAAGCGCAGGUAAAAGGGUGGCGGCCAGAGGGAGUUCCCACCUGUUGCCGUUCUUCCAGAAAUGAAGACUUAAGGAAAUACCAAGGAGGGGCCGAUCGGUGUCUUUCGGACGCGCCUGUAACCCCACCCUCGGUCAGAGGAAAAGCCCCUGGGCUGAGAGGCAGGAGCUUCAGAAAAACCGAGAAGAAAAGCAGCUCCCUCCGCGCGCCGCCUUUUCUGCCUCGCACUCAGGCGCGGCCGGCCCAGCCUGCGCCCCGGUCGCGGCCCUUCACUCCGCCGCGCCCUCCCACCCCGGCCUCUAAGUGCCCCGGCCGGCGACCUGCCCCCGAGUCCUCCGAUGGCGCCAGCCCGAUCCACGGGCUGCCUGAGCGGAGCCCUCUGCCGACAACUCCUGCUGACCCUCUCGAUCUUAACAUUUGCCUGUGAUGCCUGCAAAACGGUGACACUACAUGUUCCCUCUAAACUGGAUGCUGAAAAAUUUAUUGGUAGAGUUAACCUGAAGGAGUGCUUUAAAUCUGCAAAUCUAAUUCAUUCAAGCGAUCCUGAUUUCCAAAUUUUAGAAGAUGGUUCCGUCUAUACAACAAAUGCUAUUCUUUUGUCCUCAGAGAAGAGAACUUUUACCAUAUUACUUUCCAACACAGAGAACCAAGAAGAGAAGACAAUACCUGUCCUUUUAGAGCAUCAAACAAAGAUUCUAAAGCAAAGGCAUUCUCAAGAAAAAGUUCUAAGACGUGCCAAGAGAAGAUGGGCUCCUAUUCCUUGUUCAGUGCCUGAGAAUUCCUUGGGUCCUUUCCCACUUUUUCUUCAACAGAUUCAAUCUGAUACGGCACAGAACUACACUAUUUACUAUUCCAUAAGAGGACCUGGAGUGGACAAAGAACCUCUAAAUUUAUUUUACGUAGAGAGAGAUACUGGAAACCUGUUUUGUACUCGUCCUGUAGAUCGUGAAGAAUAUGAAUCUUUUGAGCUAGUUGCCUUUGCAACGACUCCAGAUGGAUAUACUCCAGAAUAUCCACUGACCCUUGUAAUCAGAAUUGAGGAUGAAAAUGAUAACUACCCAAUUUUUACAGAAACAACAUACACUUUUAAAGUUUCUGAAAAUUGCAGAGUUGGUACUACUGUGGGACAAGUAUGUGCAACUGACAGAGACGAGCCUGACACGCUGCACACGCGUCUAAGGUACUCCAUCAUUGAGCAGCUGCCAGCAUCACCCACCCUCUUUUUUAUGCAUCCAACUACAGGCGUGAUCACCACAACAUCAUCUCAGCUAGACAGAGAGCUAAUGGAUAAAUACCAGUUAAAAAUAAAAGUGCAAGACAUGGAUGGUCAGUAUUUUGGUUUGCACACAACUUCAAAUUGCGUCAUUAAUAUUGAAGAUGCUAAUGACCACUUGCCAACAUUCACUCGUUCUUCUUAUGUGGCAUCAGUAGAGGAAAAUAGGAUUGACGUGGAAAUCCUACGUAUUGCUGUCGAAGAUAAGGAUUUAAUUAAUACUGCUAAUUGGAGAGCUAAUUUUACCAUUUUAAAGGGCAAUGAAAAUGGAAAUUUUAAAAUUGUAACAGAUCCCAAAACCAAUGAAGGAAUUCUGUGUGUGAUUAAGCCACUGAAUUAUGAGGAAAAACAGCAGAUGACCCUGCAAAUUGGUGUAGUUAAUGAAGCUCCAUAUGUUGGUAGUGCAAGAUCAGCUAUGAACACAGCGACAGUCACCGUUAAUGUAGAAAAUCAGGAUGAAGGCCCUGAGUGCAGCCCUGCAGUGCAAACGAUUCGAAUUAAAGAAAAUUCACCAGUGAGAACAAAGGUCAAUGGAUAUAAAGCAUAUGACCCGGAAACAAGCAGUAGCAGUGACAUAAGGUAUAAGAAAUUAAGUGAUCCAGAAGGGUGGGUCACUGUUGAUGAAAACUCAGGAUCAAUUGUAAUUUUAAGAAGCCUGGAUAGAGAAGCAGAGACCAUCAGAAAUGGUAUAUAUAAUAUUACAAUCCUUGCUUCAGACAAAGAUGGGAGAACAUGUACUGGGACACUGGGGAUUGUACUGGAGGACGUGAAUGAUAAUGGCCCAUUCAUACCUCAAUCGAGAGUGAUAAUCUGUAAAAGCACCAUGUCAUCAGCGGAGAUUGUUGCUGUAGACCCUGAUGAACCCAUACAUGGCCCACCCUUCGACUUCACUUUGGAUGGUGUUUCUGAUUCAGAUGUAUUUAGAAUGUGGAGACUGACAAAAAUUAACGAUACAGCAGCACGUCUUUCCUAUCAGAAUGACCCUCAGUUUGGACAAUACACAGUACCUGUGAGAGUUACGGAUAGACUUGGCCAGUCACGCAUCACUCAGUUAGACGUUGUAUUAUGUGACUGUAUUACUGUAAAUGACUGUGACAUUCGUGCAAGUCCGAUUGGUGGCAACGGAGGAGUGAUACUUGGAACGUGGGCCAUCCUUGCAAUAUUAUUGGGCAUAGCAUUGCUAUUUUGUAUCCUGUUUACCUUAGUCUGUGGGGCUACUGGGACAGCCAAAAAACCAAAAGUAUUCCCUGAUGAUUUAGCCCAGCAGAACCUCAUCGUGUCAAACACUGAAGCUCCAGGCGAUGACAAAGUGUAUUCCACGAAUGGUUUCACCACCCAUACCAUGGGCGGUUCUGCCCAGGGAAUUUGUGGCACCAUGGGAUCUGGAGUGAAAAAUGGAGGACAGGAGACGAUUGAAAUGGUGAAAGGAGGGCACCAGACCUUGGAGUCCUGCCAGGGGGCUGGGCAUCACCACACCCUGGAAUCGUGUCGGGGAGGUGGACAGCACACCCUGGAUUCCUGCAGAGGAGGACAAAUAGAGACGGACCACUGCAAAUACACUUGCUCCGAGUGGUACAGUUACACGCAGCCCCGUCUUGGCGAAGAAUCCAUUAGAGGACACACUCUGAUUAAAAAUUAAACAAUGAAAGAAGGUCCGGCUGUGUAAUCAGGAUGACAGUCAUGCGCACGCUCAAGACUAUGUCCUUACAUAUAAAUAUGAAGGAAGAGGAUCAGCGGCUGGUUCUGUGGGUUGUUGCAGUGAACGGCAAGAAGAAGAUGGGCUUGAGUUUUUGGAUCAUUUGGAACCCAAAUUUAGGACACUAGCAGAAACAUGCAUGAAGAGAUGAGCGUGUUCUAAUUUGUCUACAGACGCCAGUAGCUUUAUUGUCUUUUGUUUUUUGUUUUGUUUUGUUUUGUUUUUUAAUUAGUACAAGGCAGGCUUUUUAAAAAAGAGAAGAUGCUAUGUUUGGGGCUUUUCCGCCUUGAUUUUGUUGGGAUCUCUUUUAACCAGAUGCACAUUUGCAGAGGGAUGCUAUAAAUAAGUACACAAACUUCCCAUUUUUACGUAGUUUUUAAUUACUUGUCGUCCACCUAAGGACACCUGCAGAUAGCAAAAUUAAGGAAGUCUGCAUUAUUGUUUACAUUUGGGUAUAAGGACAGCAACCAACUGAGAGUGCAAUAAAAUGUAAUUAAUUCAAGUCUACAACAUAGAUUACUUGAAGUAGAACCGAAUGGAAAAUUGUAGAGGCCUUGCUUUACCAGUAUCUUCAUCACCUAAUUAAUUAAUUGUUUGAGUGGUGCUAGAAGACUGCUGUUCUAAACAUUCUAAAGUGUAUAUACUGCAUUUUUAAUAUUGUUUUAGUCUUGAGGCAUGACUUUCUUCAUAAUGCAAAUGGAGAUUCCCAACCAAGCGUUGACUAUUAUAAUUCCAUUUUAUUGGAGUUUACUUUCUACUUUGUAUUCCCUGAAAUCCAGCACUGAAUUUACAUUUCCUCUGUUACCCACCCUCUCUGCAAAAUUUAAAUUUAAAAAGUGCUUUAAGAAUGUAUUUUUACUCCUGCAAGGUUUUGGUCUUUGGUUCUUCAUUCAUCUUUCUGUCUUUCUCUCUCCUCCUCUCUUCCCCUCUCUCCCCCUCUCCCUCUCUUUCUCUUCUUUUCUUAAAAUUCCUACUUGGUUGGAGACUAUAAAUAUUUUUAAAAGCCAUCUCCCUUUUCCUCUCUUAUUAAGUGAGUUAUUCUGUGUUUCUGUUUUAUGUAAGCACAUGUAUUCUUGGCUUUUCUUAAAAUAGACAUAAUGUUGACUUUAUUGUUCCAAAUAUCUUGGUGAUUGCUUCAAUACUUCCUCAACAAAGACCCUUUCAUUCUGCCAUCAAAAAGUAGAAAUAUGCCAUGCUUUUAUUAGAUGUAACAUUUUAUGUUAACAAAAGGACUAGUGUAAUUAAAAUUGGGAUGUGGAUAUUUAGUAUAUAGUAGUGUAUUUACAGUUCAUUAUUGCAAAGACACAGUUUAUAACUGCAAAAUAGUGAUGGUUUUUGAAAUAAGCCUUGAAAUAUAGGGAUCAUGAAAGCUCUCUAGGAAUAACUGUUUUAUAGUUUUUUAGAUGAGAUAGCUAGUUAUGUCUAUGUGUUUGUAAAGUUUUUUAAAAAUAUUUUUGGAUUACAGUUCUUAACAAAUGUAGAAGUGCUCCAAAUUAUAUGAAUUUUGAAUUUUAAGACAAAAUUAAACUUAAUAGCCAUACAAAAUCCAGACUAAUUCUACAGCUAAUUUCAGUCAAUGAAUUUUGAUGUAUGUUAACUGUAUGGACAUUUUAAAUAUAUUUCUAAUAUUUAGGAUUGUUAAUAAUAUGUCUAUUUUGAAUUCACAAAGUUGGCUUUUGACUUAUUUUUAAGGAUUAACAUUGGGUAAUUUGAUAAUCAGUUUGUCUUUUCAACAUUUUCAUUUCUGCUCAGUCAAAAAUACUAUUUCUCAAAGUUAUUUUUAAUAAAUUUUGUAUAAAAUUCUUGUAUAUUACUAGUUAUGAUAAAUAGGUUUUAAAAAUCAGUGUGCUUGCUAAUCAUAUUUCUGAUAUGAGUUUAUGGGAUUAUAUUUUUCUUACUUAAAGAAGUAACUCUCCUUUUUAGAAUUCUGUUCUGCUUUUUAGAAUUUGAUUUGGAAAGUUAAUUGGUCCAUUGUUAUCACCGCUUUUAUCUAAUUUUACUAUUCUAAAGACUGUGAUGCUGUGGGAUAUUGGUUAAUUUGCGUAAUUUGUCUCUUUUUUUUUUUCUCAUCAUAAAAUGGGUAAUAAUAGAACUCCUUUCCUAGGGUGGCUGUAAGACAUUUGAAUAAAAAAUAGUUUUCAAGCAUGAAAA